AUGAUCCUCUUGCCUUUGGUCGCCAUCGCUUUGGCGUUCCAGCUCUUGGGCAACGUCAACAACCUGGCUCACCGCCCUCACCGCGCGCCCGGCCUCCUUCGCCUUGGUAUCGACGGACGUCCUGGGGACGUCUUGAUCUGGGCUCCUGCUGCUAUCGCCCUCGUUGCUGGAAACAUCGGCCGGCCUAGCAAGGACCUCAAGAGUUCUUCUGUUAUUUUGCCUAUGGACAGUGUCUUGUACCCUAUCGAGGAUGCUUCCGUACCUCAAGUCUUCCCUACUCUCGAGUUUUAUGAAUAUGAGCCCAAACUACCUGUGGACGACACGCCCGUCCGCUCUUCUUUGACUGAGCCCGCUGUUUGCACGGCUAACUUUGUGUACUACUACGAUGAAUCAAGCAUUCAGGACGCUGAGGCGACCUCGGGGCUUUUCAACAUCAGCGUUGCUGCUGCCGAGGGCCCGAUGGAGCCCAUGAACGGGGAGGAAAUCAAUGCCGACGAUGAGGCCAUUGCAGAGGACGAAUUUGAGGGCCUUGAUGGACAGCAAGAACAGCUCGGGUUACUCAUCCUGCUCUUCAUCUACCUCGCAGCUCUUGCGACUGAGAUGAGUUUCCUUGAGGGUGCUGGCUGGCUUAUUGGGCUUCUCAUGGUUAUGGUCGUAGUUCGAGUUGCAUUGUUCUAUAUAUUUUCGAUGGACGUGAUAGAUGAUCUAAUGCUGAAGGACCGGGACGAGGGAUGGAGAGAAUACUGCGAGACAAUGUUACCGCAGGAGGGCCACGUUAAGUGA